AUGUCGAGUGCCAGGAACGUCUCGGUCGCCCUGCGGAGGGCUCGACUGCCCAGACCCCGCUGUUUCGUCCAGCCCAUCGUCUCUCGUGCUCCUUCUCGCAUCGCUACUCGCUCAUUUAGCGUCACCUCCGCCGUCAAUGCGACCAAGGAGAUCAAGUACACCAGCAGCGCGUAUCCCAACCUCAAGCGUGACCCCAAGUUUGCCGAGAUUACAGCCGAAGAUGUGGCCUUUUUCAAGGAGCUGUUGGGCUCCCAGUCGGCUGUGAUCGAUGGUGUGACGACCGAUGCCGCCGAUGAUAUUGAGCCGUUCAACAGUGACUGGAUGCGCAAGUACCGCGGCCACACAAGACUGGUGCUGAAACCUCAGAACAAGGAGGAGGUGAGCCAGGUGCUGAAGUACUGUAAUGACAAGAAAUUGGCGGUGGUUCCCCAGGGUGGCAACACUGGAUUGGUGGGAGGUUCCGUGCCGGUGUUCGAUGAGAUUGUCAUCAAUACGUCGCGCAUGAACAAGAUUCGCUCCUUCGAUGAGGCUCGGGAGUCCUGGUCGCCGAUGCGGGUGUUAUCCUGGAGGUGGCGGAUCAGUAAUGCUGCUACGAAUGCUGGCGGACUGCGUCUGCUUCGGUAUGGUAGUCUUCAUGGCAACAUCCUUGGUGUUGAGGCGGUAUUGGCGGAUGGUACCAUCGUCAACUCUCUCUCGACUCUGCGCAAGAACAACACCGGUUACGAUCUCAAGCAGCUGUUUAUUGGCGCGGAGGGUACGAUCGGUAUCAUCACUGGACUUUCCAUCCUGUGCCCUCCCCGCCCGAAGGCGGUCAACGUGGCCUACUUUGGUGUGGAGAGCUACGAGCAAGUGCGCCAGGCGCACCAGGAGGCAAAGUCUCAUCUCUCUGAGAUUCUCUCCGCUUUCGAGCUCAUGGACGGCCGCAGUCAGCAGCUUGUCCACCAGUCCACUGGCAACAAGAAUCCUCUGGAUAGUGAAUACCCCUUCUACUGUGUAGUCGAGACCAGCGGAUCGAAUGGUGAGCACGAUAUGGCCAAGCUCGAGAGCUUCUUGGAACACAUCAUGGGCGAGGGUAUCGUCGCCGAUGGUGUCUUGGCGCAGGAUGAGACCCAGUUCCAGGGCAUCUGGCGCUGGAGAGAAGGUAUCACCGAGGCUCUGAGCCACCUGGGUGGUACAUACAAGUACGACGUCUCGAUUCCUCUUCCUGAACUAUACCAGCUCGUGGACGACUGCCGCGAGCGUCUGACCAAGCUUGGGUUUGUCGGUGACGACGACUCCUUCCCUGUCCGUGCUGUUGUUGGCUACGGUCACAUGGGUGACUCCAACCUGCACUUGAACAUUUCUGUGCGGGAGUACAACAAGGAGGUCGAGAAGGCCAUUGAGCCCUGGGUGUACGAGUGGAUCCAGAAGCGCAACGGUAGCAUCAGUGCCGAGCAUGGACUGGGAAUUGCAAAGAAGGAGUUCAUUGGUUACAGCCAAGACGAGACCAUGGUGAAACUGAUGAAGCAAUUGAAGGAUUUGUACGAUCCAAACGGUAUUAUGAACCCCUACAAAUACAUUUAGAUUAUUUAUUAAAAGCAGCUGCGUUCUGUAUUGAUGUAAGAAGUUAUUAUACCAC